AUGCCUUUCAACACAGCACUCACCAGAGCCCUGGGAAUCCAGAUCCCCGUCGUGCAAGGAGGGAUGCACUGGGUAGGGUACGCCAAACUUGCCGCCGCAGUCAGCAACGCAGGCGGACUUGGCCUAGAAAUCCGGAAAUGUCGAUCGCUGACCAACAAGCCAUUCGGCGUGAACAUCACUCUGCUGCCCUCGCUCAUGCCCCCGGACUACGGCGCCUACGUGCAGGCCAUCAUCGACGAAGGAGUCAAAAUCGUCGAAACGGCCGGUAAUAACCCCGGGCUGGUGAUUAAACCACUCAAGGAGGCCAAUAUCAUCGUGAUACAUAAAUGCACGACCAUCCGGCAUGCGAAGAACGCUGUCAAACUCGGCGCGGAUUUCUUGUCGAUUGAUGGGUUUGAAUGCGGUGGCCAUGUUGGAGAGGACGAUCUUACAAAUUUCAUCCUCCUUAGUCGGGCGCGCCAGGCGCUGGGCGUGCCCUUCAUUGCGUCUGGGGGUUUCGCGGACGGACAUGGUCUGGCUGCUGCGUUGGCGCUGGGGGCGGAGGGUAUCAAUAUGGGGACGCGGUUUAUGUGUACGGUGGAAGCGCCUAUUCAUAUCAAGGUGAAGGAGGCGAUCGUGGCCGCGCAGGAGACGGAUACGGCGUUGGUGAUGAGGCGGUGGAAGAAUACGACGCGCUUGUAUGCGAAUAAGGUGGCGAAGGAGGCCCUGAAGGUGGAAAGGGAGAGUACGACCGGGAAGUUUGAAGAGAUUGCACCGCUUGUGAGUGGGAAGCGUGGACAGCAGGUGUUCAUCCAGGGGGAUGUGGACUCUGGGGUAUGGACUGCUGGUCAGGUCAUUGGACUGAUCCAUGAUAUACCUACGUGUGCUGAUCUCUUGGUGCGCAUUGAGCGGGAAGCUCUGACUUCCAUGAAGAGGACUGGAUCGAUGUGGGUUGAUGAGUCCUAUACCAGUAGACUUUAGAACACUC